UUGCCGAGCUGUCUGCGGCGGCGGCGCGUCUCCUCUCAGGCGGCUCAGGACUCGCACCGCCGCCUCUCCGUUCGCUCGCUGCCAGCCGCGACGCCCCCGCCGAGCCGCGCCUCAGCCAGCCGGCUGCGGGCAGGGAAGGAGCCGCUCAUUUUCGGGGCUAUAAUCGUUUAUAGAAGUGAAGAGUUUCUAAAGAAGGUAACAAAUAGGAGAAAGAAAAUGCCGAAACCAAUCAACGUACGAGUAACUACAAUGGAUGCUGAGCUAGAAUUUGCCAUUCAGCCCAAUACAACUGGCAAACAACUUUUUGACCAGGUUGUAAAAACAGUUGGUUUACGUGAGGUCUGGUUUUUUGGGCUACAGUAUGUAGACAGCAAAGGAUAUUCUACUUGGCUUAAACUUAAUAAAAAGGUGACACAGCAAGAUGUUAAAAAAGAAAAUCCUUUACAGUUCAAGUUUAGAGCUAAAUUCUUUCCUGAAGAUGUUUCUGAGGAAUUGAUUCAAGAAAUAACACAGAGACUUUUCUUCUUGCAAGUUAAAGAAGCCAUCUUAAAUGAUGAGAUAUAUUGCCCACCAGAAACUGCAGUUCUUUUGGCUUCCUAUGCUGUCCAAGCCAAGUAUGGAGAUUAUAAUAAAGAGAUUCACAAACCAGGGUACCUGGCUAAUGACAGACUCCUCCCACAGCGUGUUUUGGAGCAACACAAACUGACAAAAGAACAGUGGGAGGAGAGAAUACAAAACUGGCAUGAAGAACACAGAGGAAUGCUAAGGGAAGAUUCAAUGAUGGAAUAUUUGAAGAUUGCACAAGAUCUAGAAAUGUAUGGUGUCAAUUACUUUGAAAUCAAGAAUAAGAAGGGCACUGAACUGUGGCUGGGUGUUGAUGCUUUGGGUCUGAAUAUUUAUGAGCAUGACGACAAGUUAACACCCAAAAUUGGUUUUCCAUGGAGUGAAAUCCGAAAUAUUUCCUUUAAUGACAAAAAAUUUGUUAUAAAGCCAAUUGACAAGAAGGCACCUGAUUUUGUUUUCUAUGCUCCUCGUCUGAGAAUCAAUAAGCGGAUUUUGGCCUUGUGUAUGGGAAACCAUGAACUGUACAUGCGAAGGAGGAAGCCUGAUACUAUUGAAGUUCAGCAAAUGAAGGCUCAGGCACGGGAGGAAAAGCACCAGAAGCAGUUAGAAAGGGCACAAUUAGAGAAUGAAAAGAAGAAAAGGGAAAUAGCAGAGAAGGAAAAGGAAAGAAUAGAACGUGAAAAGGAAGAACUCAUGGAGCGUCUGAGGCAAAUUGAAGAGCAGACGAUGAAAGCCCAGAAAGAACUAGAAGAACAGACUCGGAAAGCUCUGGAACUGGAGCAGGAGCGCCAACGAGCAAAAGAGGAGGCAGAGCGGCUAGACAAGGAGCGCCGAGCUGCGGAGGAGGCCAAGUCCGCCAUAGCCAAGCAAGCUGCUGACCAAAUGAAGAACCAGGAGCAGCUGGCAGCAGAACUUGCCGAAUUCACUGCCAAGAUUGCACUUUUAGAGGAAGCCAAGAAGAAAAAGGAAGAGGAAGCUACUGAGUGGCAACACAAAGCUUUCGCAGCUCAGGAAGACUUGGAAAAGACCAAAGAAGAGUUAAAAACCGUGAUGUCUGCGCCUCCUCCCCCUCCCCCUCCACCAGUUGUUCCUCCCACAGAGAAUGAGCAUGAUGAGCAUGAUGAGAACAGUGCUGAGGCCAGUGCCGAGUUAUCCAGUGAGGGCGUGAUGAAUCACAGAAGCGAGGAGGAGCGGGUGACGGAAACACAGAAAAACGAACGUGUGAAGAAGCAGCUCCAGGCACUAAGUUCGGAAUUAGCCCAAGCCAGAGAUGAAACCAAGAAAACCCAGAAUGAUGUCCUUCAUGCUGAGAAUGUCAAAGCAGGCCGUGAUAAGUACAAGACUCUCCGACAGAUUCGACAAGGCAAUACAAAGCAGCGCAUCGAUGAGUUUGAAGCAAUGUGGGGACCCAAACUGUACGCACUGUUCCAGAUGCGCUCUUGCCAAAGCAGCAUAAAGCAUAUGUAACUGGACGGCGCCCUCCCUCCCUCUGCAUGAGGAACAGCCCUCAGGAGAUGGACCAGGACUUGGGAUGUCUGCAGACCCGGCAGUCCUUAGCCAGCCAGCGUCUGCUGAGCUUGGCUUUUAGAUGCCCUUUUCACAAACAGAUGCUGGAAGGCACCAGCUUCUGGAAAUCCCCCAGCACACCC